AAUGGCAACCCAAUUUGACAUGUUGUGCGAUGUUCUUCCUGGGCAUAAUUCAUGGAAGUUCAAAGUUCGUGUCCUCCGUAUGUGGGCAAUUUCUUCUUUUAUGAAGCCUAAUGAGUUGAACUCUAUGGAAAUGGUGCUGAUAGAUGAGAAGGGAGGUAAGAUUCAUGCCUUGAUAAGGAAAGAAUUGGUUUACCUAUUCCAGAAUAAAUUAAAGGAAGGGGAAGUUUAUAAGCUAUCAAACUUUGAUGUUGUUCCAGUCGUUGGAUUUUAUCGUACAACUCUGCAUCCUUACAAAUUGAUUUUUCGAUCGAAUACCAAAGUUCAGAAUUUUGCGAGUUCUGAUAUUCCUAUUUUGGGAUUUUCUUUCACCGAUCUUGCUGAAGUGGCUAGCUACUCUGUUAACUAUGAUUACCUAAUAGGUAAUUUUGAUUUGAAGAACCUUACAAAUUUUGUAAUUUUCAUCGAUUAAUGGUCAUUGUGUAUCAAGUUAUUUGUUUCUUA